UGAUGCCUUUGUCCCAGAAAGAAGUGGCCUGACUGGGUGACCCGUAGGUGGGCGGUGCCUUGGAGGCCCCGCCGAGGCCGGUGGGGUGGAACCUAGCGGAGGACGUCGGGGAUUGAACUGACUUUGGGGGACAGUGGACAGGCGGAGGCGCUCACACUUCUCCUCAGCCCUCGGCCUUCCUGUGGAAUCCCAGUCAGGAAGCGGCCGAAUGCGGGAGGCGGGUGAGGGAACAACGAGGUGACGAGCAAGGGGUCUGCCGACCUCGGGGCCCGCGCUGGCCAGGAGCUUGGGGCCUGCGAGUUCUCCCAGCUGUGGACAGAGCGCCUCUGAGCCCCGAGACCGGACCGCCCCACAGCAAAGGAGCACGAGGCUGGUCUCAGCUCCAAGGCAAGAACAGAAUUACAGCCUAUAGAUGAGAGAGACAGAGCUGGCCUCCUUCCCCCGCUUUUCAAAGUUCUAUCUGUUGGGCGAGGUGGGGCACCUAGGCUGCAACCAGACUCCAGAGCUUUGCACUACAUGAAGAAUCUCUAUAAGACAUACGCUACCAAGGAAGGGAUUCCUAAAUCCAAUAGAAGUCACCUCUACAACACUGUUCGGCUCUUCACCCCCUGUACCCAGCACAAGCAGGUUCCUGGAGACCAGGUAACAGGAAUCCUUCCAUCAGUGGACCUGUUAUUUAACCUGGAUCGCAUUACUACCGUUGAACACUUACUCAAGUCAGUCUUGUUGUACACUAUCAACAACUCAGUUUCUUUUUCCUCUGCUGUCAAAUGUGUGUGCAACCUAAUGAUAAAGGAGCCAAAGUUUUCUAGCAAGACUCCCCACAGAGCUCCGUACUCAUUUACCUUUAACUCACAGUUUGAAUUUGGAAAGAAACACAAAUGGAUUGAGAUUGAUGUGACCAGCCUCCUUCAACCUUUAGUGGCCUCCAACAAGAGAAGUAUUCAUAUGUCUAUAAAUUUUACAUGCAUGAAAGACCAGCUGGAGCAUCCUUCAGCACAGAAUGGUUUGUUUAACAUGACUCUUCUGGUUCCCCCGUCACUGAUCUUAUAUUUGAAUGACACAAGUGCUCAGGCUUAUCACAGGUGGUAUUCCCUUUACUAUAAAAAGAGGCCUUCCCAGGGUCCUGACCAGGAGAGAAGUCUGUCUGCCUAUCCUGUGGGAGAAGAUGCUGCUGAGGAUGGGAGAUCUUCCCAUCACCGUCACCGCAGAGGUCAGGAAACUGUCAGUUCUGAAUUGAAGAAGCCCUUGGUCCCAGCUUCCUUCAAUCUGAGUGAAUACUUCAAACAGUUUCUUUUUCCCCAAAAUGAGUGUGAGCUUCAUGACUUUAGACUUAGCUUUAGUCAGCUGAAGUGGGACAACUGGAUUGUGGCUCCGCACAGGUACAACCCUCGAUACUGUAAAGGGGACUGUCCAAGAGCAGUUGGACAUCGAUAUGGCUCUCCAGUUCACACCAUGGUACAGAACAUCAUCUACGAGAAGCUGGACUCCUCAGUGCCAAGACCGUCAUGUGUACCUGCCAAAUACAGCCCCUUGAGUGUUUUGACCAUUGAGCCCGAUGGCUCAAUUGCCUAUAAAGAGUAUGAAGAUAUGAUAGCUACAAAGUGCACCUGUCGUUAACAAAUGGUCCUCUUAAAACCUUGAGCCUAUUUGGCACAGUAACUACUGUGUGCCUAUGUGUGCCUUCAAGAGAAAGCUUCAUAUAUUAAGUGUCUAAAUGCAGCAUAUGUUGUGUAAAGAGGAACCUGUGUAGAUUAGUACCUUCUAUGGCAUCUAUCAGGAUAAAGGGAUAACAUCAAUUGUUGCUACAGAGCCUUUUUUUAAUUUCCAAAUUUAAAUGAAAUAUAAUUAUUGUGGAGAACUUUACAUUUUUUUCCUUGAGCGAUUUCUUUCUUUUCAUAGGAGUCUUAUUCUUGAUAGAGAAACAUCCUUAAUUAGCAUACAUCCUGGAUGGACUUGCAGCUAUAAAUUGGCAAUUCAGAUUGCUGUAGUCUUAAUGGAAGAAUAAAUUUCUGUCAAUGGCA